GACAGUGGAUCUCAACUAUGCAUGAAUCCAUUAAUAGAUCCUUAGCCGCCGGCAAUGAAAGAGCGGAGAGUGGGAGCGAUGCGUUGCUUCCGCCGCCCCUUGUCUUCGUGUCAACCCCAUCAGACCAUAACCCUAACCUCCUCCUUUUCGGCUGCGAUCCGUCGCCGCCCCUUUUCGUCCUCGGAUGAACCAUCAGCAGGCGGCCGAGUGGCCCUCUACUUCCGCCGCGCCCGCCUCAUCGACGCCCUGCGACUCCGUCUACGCUCGGCCGACCCUUCUCCGCCUCCCCUCCCCCCUGACUCCUUCGUUGCUGUCCAGGCCCUCCGCUCCGCCCCCUCGCCGGACUCCGCUCUCUCCCUCUUCCGCUCCCUCCGCUCCCCCUCCACCCCGCUCCUCCACGCCCUCGCCAAGCGCCUUGCUCUCGCUCGCCGCCUCCCCGACCUCCGCUCCCUCCUCGACGCCGCCGACGCCGGCUCGUACCCCUCCUCCAUCCCCCCGUCCCCCUUCGACCGUCUCCGCUGGUUCGCAGCCGCCGGCGACCUCCCCUCCGCCCUUCAAAUCUGGUCCUCCAUCCGCUCCUCGUCCGACCCCAACCGCCAUUCCCGCCGCCGAAGCCACCCGUCGACCGAGUCAUACAACCUCGUCAUGAGCCUCCACGCCGAUGCCGGCGCCCACUCCGCUGCCGUCGCGACCUUCUCCCAGAUGAUCCAGGAAGGAGCCAAUCCCAACUCCCGCACCUACACCGUCAUCAUCCGCCACCUCGUUCGCUCCGGGCAUCUCGACGCGGCCACCGAGAUCUUCCAUCUCCUGCCGUCUAUGAGGACCCCCCACACGUCGAAGCAGUACGAGGUGCUCGCCGAGGCGUACUCGUCGGCCGGACUGUUCGAUGAGCUCGGGCGGCUAGUAAAGGAGAUGAAUUCCGACGGAAUUCUCCCAGGCCCUGCAAUGCGGGCUGCCAUGGCAAAGAUGCGGGCGGCGGGGCAUAUCGUGGGUACCGAAGAGUUCGUCCAAGAACUGUUCCCUAAUGAUCGAAUCGCAGACAUCGUUUCCGAUUCUGGUGAUGAAGAAGGUUGCGAGGAGGAAGACAGUUGCGACAAAGACGAUGACAUCGAAGGCGACCGAAUCCGGUUGAAGCCCUGGCUGGAACCGACCGCUCUCGCGAGAGCACUGGAGGAUUGGGACCCCAACGAGGUAGCCGAACUGGAGGCGGCGAGGCUGGUUUGGACCCCGCGGCUGGUAUGCAAACUCUUGAGGGCCUUCAAGAAAGCCGAGACGGCGUGGGCCUUCUUCUGCUGGGUGGCGCAUCAGCCGGGCGACUUCGUGCACGACCGCCGGACCGUGUCAAGAAUGAUCUCGAUCCUCGCUCGGCAGGGUCACGCCGAAUUGGUCGGCCGCCUCUUGUCCAAGGUCAGGUCGGAGGGCAUCUCGCUCCCUUUCGCCACUGUCCGACUAGUGAUCGACUUCCACGGCCUGUCGAAGAAAGCCACCGCGGCCUUCGAGGUCUACCGCGAGGCGGACUCGAUCUGCGGCGCGUUGUCGGGGUCGCAGCGCUUGCUGCUCUGCUCGUCGUUGCUCCGCGCCAUGGUCAAGUGUAAGAGAGGCAGCGACGCCUUGGAUCUCCUGGAAGAGACGAUGUUGGAGGGCGUUCUCCCCGACAUACAGACCUUCUCUGGUUUGAUGCAGCACUUCGCCGGAGCAGGGGAUCUGAGGAGCGUGCACAAGCUGUUCGGGAUGGUGAGGCAGUGCGGGCUGGCGCCCGAUGCCUACAUGUACAAGAUCCUGAUCCAGGCCCACUGCAAGCAGGAGAGGGCGGCUCUCGCGCUGAGGCUGUUCGACGAAAUGACGAGCUCAGGUCUCGCGCCGGACCGAGCCACCAAAACUUUGCUCGUGAAGAGCCUGUGGAAUGAAGGGAAGCGCCGGGAGGCAACGCUGGUGGAGGAGCGGUGUGGUGAUGAGGCCGACACAAGGCUUCCGGUGGCUUCGCCGGGCCAUGAGUGGACCGUGAGCGCCGCGGAUUUUCGACGGGUUUAUGAUAUCUAUUCUGCCUGUUUUGCUUAAAACGAAGGAACUCAUGGUGUUUGUAGAAAUGCCUCGAAGAUGGAAUCUGACCGAAAAGAAGCAUUUCUUGUAGUAAUCGAUGGCGACAAACGAUCAGAGCGAAGUGCACUUUGAAGAAAACCAACGGCGACUGGGCAAUUAAGUGAACACAUUGUCCGCAAACUAUUGUUUCCGACAGAGAUCAGCACAUCCACACAGAAUAGUUGGAAGUUUGCAAGAACACCAAUUCCUUUUCAGUACACAGCAUAGCAGUAAAACUAGGAGCGAACGAAGCUUCAGUUUUGGGUUCUACCAUCUUCUGAUGUAUAUGUAUAAGGAGCUGCAAACAUUGUAUA